AUGUCUUCCGCAGAAGCCACAGUCGGAGCAUCUUCGCGAGGUCCUUCCUACCGAGAAAAGCUAAAUAAUGUAGGGAACAUCACGCCUCUUAACGCACCUUUGAUAUCGUGGGGUGGGCAGCGCGGCAGAUCACCCACAGAGUAUCUAAAGAAUUACAAGACAUCCUACACGAUCCCUUUCGGCUACGAAGUCGCAACAUGGCGACAGAAAUUCUUCGGCGGGGGGGAUAUGAUGUUGCCGUUUUCUUUCCGGACAGAGCCCGAAAUCAAGCCCUCUAAGCCUAAUGAGGCAACUAUAGUACUCCUAUUCUACCCGCGCCCCGAUGAAGACAACGCAAGACCGAUUCAUAGAUCCAAAUCGUACCUUCGACGGAUAGACCGGAUUGCCAGAAUGGGAGAACAGACCAUCAUCUAUGUACCACCGGAGUUGAAGUCCGCCGUCCAAGGCAUGCGCGGUGAUCAUUACUGGCACGUUAUCGAUGAUUACCCGACGAUUUGGGACAUGCCCAACAAUGCGUAUCAGAAGGAGAACUUUGCGACCAAGCAGCCGGAACUCUUCGAGCAGUUCGAUGGGUACACGGAGGCGGACGGGGACUUGAGGCCCGAGCCGCGGUACAAUCGUGCGCACCACAGCGCCGUGUGCAAUGCGAAGGCAUUCAUCAUGUAUGAUGCUAUCAUGCGCAACCCAUUCGGCUCGGAUGACUGGAUGUACGUAGAUGCCGGGUUCCUCUUUGACGAUGGCCCCCAGGACGACGAGGGCACGCCCUGGGGCGAUCUAUUCCGCGCUGGCCUCGACGCAGACAAGUUCGAGCGCGCCAUCAGCAUGUCCCGCGACACGGGGGUAGUUAUGGGCGAGUACUCGCAUCGACACGGUCAUCCCGACGCCGAGGACGAGUGCUUCACCAACCCCAAAAGAUCAUGGCGCGCACGACAAUUCAUCGCACAGGUGUACGUCGGCAACUCGCUCGGCAUGCUAAACUACAGCGUCCGUUUCAUGCAGACGGUCGACGAUAUGGACGCAAACGGCUUCUAUACGGGGCGCGAGGAGCUCGUAGUCCCGUUCGUCGCGCUGCGGUACCCGAAUACGGUCUUCUCGGUGCCGUACUUCCGACUUCCGCCGAACCUGGACUACCAGUGGCAGUUCCCGAUGAAGUUCGUGUUCUCCAAGGUUGGAGGCCGGGAGUCUGUCCCGCCUAUUGUUGAUCCCAUUUCGACUCUGUACUGCAAGGGGUAUACCCCGAGACGGCCGAAUAUGCGGGCUGGGGGGAUUUAUGAGGACCCGAGGAAGGAUGACGAGGAAGAGUAG